GUUACAAUAUUUAAUUCAAACUACUGGAAGUUAAACAAAGUCCUAUCGUAAGGACUUAAAUAUUACAUAUCGCGUACAAUGAACUUGACAUAAAUCUUGGUUAAGAAUAGCGAAUGGAUAUGCAAAAUGUAAUACAUCCAGCGUGUAAAAAGGAGGGAAAUUGUUAAACAUCAAGUACAACUGUACCUAAAAGAAAAUAGUACUAAGGGCGCGAUUUUACGUAUGCUGCUUUUCAAUGAAUUCAUUAUUUAUCAUUAUACGAUCGCACGAAGAAGGUUGGGAAAGUUUCGAAGCGUCAGGUCAGGAGGAAGAGCAUAUCCCGCUUUCGUAUACCGUCGCACCCUGAUGAGGAAUGCAAGAACUAGCGAUUUUUAUUUCUCGUGCGUGGAGCAGUAAAGUGUACUAAUUUAUUGAAAUAAUUACGACAUUUAUCCCGAUUUUACACCUUCGCAUAAUUUCUUCGAGAGAUCGGAAAGCUAUAAAAAUGUAUCAAAGAUCGCGUGCGAUGGCAGCGUUUCUCGGGUUUCCAACGCCCGUAUGUGCCGAUGAAAAUAGAGUCCGCGACAUCUCAAAUGCUUUCAGACGCUGCGAUGUUAUGCAUCAACCAAAAAUUCGAUAUCUCCGGAUUAUCAACAUUCCACAGUGUUGACACCUCUGUCAGAGUGCUCUGCUUUUACCAUUACUAUGCCAUCGCUCUCUUUUUUUCCUUUCCAACUUUCGUAUUAUUUCCUCUCCGUCUCUCGUUUUCGGAAUGCCGCGUAUAUUGUGCACAGUGUCAAAUACAGAAUGUACGAAUUAAAUAGAUAAAUUAAAUUUGCGUUUCUCAGUGAUAUCUUCCAAGAGAUUUGACGAGCGUCUGUGAAUAUUGGUUCAUCUUUUUCGUUCGCCUUCUCGAUAUGCUUCGAGGCGAAGUCUUUUUCUGUACAACGUACGUUCGCGUCACGAAAGAAAUCAUUCUUAAGUCUCUUCAAGCCCGCCUGCAUGUCGAAGAUAAACUAUAAAAGAAGGUGUAAAUGAUAAAACUAGGAAAAUGAGUUCUCUCCAACAAGGUAGCAGAUUCUUGCCUUUUUCAAAUAACAAUAUACAGAGGAAGCAAUUAUCCAUGCAAGGUGGUCUUCCACAAAGUUUAAGCGGCAGUGAAACCGAUGUCUCAACAUCAAAUGAAAAUUUAACUAAUGAAGAUCGUUAUGUUAUAAGACAUACGGCUCGCCAGGAGCCUCAAGGUCAGGAGAAUCAGCAGCAAAGUCCAUCUAGAUCGUCCAGUCAUAAAGAAAAUAUACCAAAUAUUCAAGGUAACCUGCUCAACAGAAACAGUUUGAAAGAUAGUUUGAACGGAUCGAACAGGAACAGUUUGAAAGAGAAUUUGAAUGGUUCCAAUCGAAACAGUCUUAAAGAUAGCAUUAAUGGUUCUAAUAGGAAUAGUUUGAAGGAUAAUUUAAGCAAUCGUACCAGUGUAGGCUCGAACAGAAGCAGCUUGGACGUGUCUACGAGCUCCUAUAAUACGCUUAUCAUACACAAUGCUAACGACGAUAACUCCUGGGUACCAUCUGGAAGAUUAUCAGGAGUAGUCAGAGAACACGGAGACAUGGGUUACUUGUACUGCGACGGUAGUGGAAAGGGACAUUCGAACAGUCCUACUAUGCAAUCUUUAUCUAAUUUAUCUCACGAUGAUCAUGUCUACGAGCAACCUAAUAACGGGGGGUGUCAAGAAAUCACGGAUAUACCAGAUGAUUAUCUUAGUCAGUCGCAGGUAUUAAAACAUCUUGCGAAGGAAGUGAAAGUUCCAUCAUACAAUAAGUUAACGAACAAUGGAGCAAAUAUCGAUGUGAGAAUGAGAGAUGGUGAUAGGGGAAAAGUAAAUAGCGAGUCAGAAGGUAGACCACCGCCUUCAUACAUGUCCGUUCUGUUGCCACUGAAAACUAAAUCUCGACUUCUUGGGCCAAUGGAAAAAUUAACGCUGUCGAGAUCGCAACCCGACUUGUCUAGAAUCGGCAAACCGGACAUCGAUAACUACAAUCUACGAACCACAUCUCCACGACCUCAGACGAAAGGCAGAGAGGAGAUAGAAUCUGCAACAGGUGAAAUCUGGCCAUCGGCGGAGAUGAUACAAAUCGUGAUCCAAGAGAAUAGUGCGUUGAAGUUGGAGUUGGAGCAGUGUUACAGCAAAGUUGCUAAAUCUCAGAAGUUGGAACAAGAAAUCGCGAAGGUGCACAGAGCUCAUGAAGAAUUGGCGGCUUCGAGCGAGCGGAGGGAGAAAUUGGAACGAGCUGCUAGGCUGAGGUUGCAGAACGAUUGCAGGCGUUUAACAGAAUUGAAUCGCGCAUUGAGAGAUCAAAUAGAUUUACUGUCAGCGCGUACCGAUAGUCCGCCGAUCGUAGAAUCCAUGAGAAAGGAAUUGACGCAACGUGAACUACUGAUUGGCCAGUUAAUUACACAAAAUAAGGAAUUAGCCGCGGCAAAAGAGAGGCAGGAAAUCGAAUUGGCAGCACAACGAGCAACGCUACAAGAACAACGUACACAUAUAGAUAUUUUGGAUACUGCUCUCACUAAUGCACAAGGAAACGUAGUACGUCUUGAAGAAGAGUGUCGAAAAAAACAAGUGUACGUGGAAAGAGUAGGUCAACUUCAACGAGCUUUAUCUUCUCUUCAAGCGUCCAGCGACAGAAGGGAAGAAACGGAGAGGCAGUUGAGAGGUCAAUUAGAACGGGAAUUGAGAGAAGGCGGCGGUGGCGGAGGCGGCGGUGCUAAUGGUAAUGAACAAUUCUCCAAUGGAGAAACGAUCGCAGAGUUGAAACGACGAAUACGCGAAAGAGACGAAAAAAUUAUGUCGCUGGAAGGCGAUGUCGCGAAAUGGGAGCAACGUUAUCUCGAAGAAAGCGCGUUGAGACAAGCAGCGAUCGACGCAGCUAGCUUACCAAAAGAUGCUAAAAUAGCUGCGUUGGAAAAAACUAGUCAAGACGCGGAGAAAUUGAUCGCAGAGGCUCGUUCUGAGAAGAUGCGACACAUGGACGAAGUUCAUGCUGCGCAAAAGAAAUUGGCAGAUCUCGAAUCUAGAAUGAAAGAUUUAGAAUCGAAAUUAGCCGAGAGGGACGCCAUGAUCCGCGUACUUCAGAAGCAUACGUAUGACAAAGAUAGCAGUAGCAGCAGUGGUGUUGGUAGUUAUCCUGCUGCGCACUCGUCUCAUUCAAGUACAUCGGCGGAUCACCAUACUGCACUGACGAGCACGCCAGAACUUGUAAGCAGCGUAUUGGGUGGUGGUAGCGGCUACGGAAGUACCGGUUCAUACGGUGUUACAGACAGUUAUAAGUAUAGGAAGCAAGGCAGUUUCGAGCAAACGAACAAGAGUCUCGAUGAUCAAUUAAAAGAGCUAGACUCCCAACUGCUUAGUAAGCGGGCACUUUGCUGUUUUCCAGGAUUCUCUAAUCCAGGCACUGCGUCGAGAAAAGGAAAAAUACCCAAGCCAUUAUUGGCGGGUGUAGAUAGUACAGGUACCUCGAGCACCGCCUCGAGUAAGAGUCGUUUGUUGGACGACUCUGGGGGCGAGGUCUCGCCCGGUAUCAUGGAAUUCGCUAGCGCAGCCUCGAGGCUAAAAGGCACCGUCUCGAGAUUAUCGGACGGCAAGCCCGAAGAUAUGAUGCUGUUGGAGAAGCAGGGGAGAAGCUCACAGAGACAGAGGAUGCAGGAGGGUGAGCCGCGUCGCGCGGGCAGCCUUCCACCCAGCUCGUUACCUCGGCCACCGAAGAACGCGAAAUCGACGGGCUCCCGUUAUUGCAGACUCAGCGAUACGGAGACGCGUAAGAAGUCCGAUCCAGGCCCGGCGCUGGACCCUCCCACAGGCAUCAAGAUGCGCGAUGCGAGCAAUUCCACUAUCGAAUAUGGGAGAUUCGAUGCGAAGGCUCAGCGCCGAAAGAAAUCGUCCGGCGCGGAGCUGUUGGUCGCGAGCAAUACAUUGAAGAAGCCGAUCGGACACGAAUAUGAACGCCUACAGGGCGACACCGCCGUUCACAAGAAACAGCCAUCCAAUUCGGAGACGAAGCACAGGGAAACGCAGAAUCGCUCGCUGAUACCGCCACCGUCUUGUCGCGUCGCAGAGUACGGUCGCCUUAGCGAGGGCACUUUAAGAAAGCAGACCGGAUCACGGGGACAGAGUACCGGGAGUACGGUGAGCAGCAAGAGCGGAGGCCGCGAUUCCGGCGGCACUGCCAGCAGCGAGGCGUCUACCUCGUCUUUGCCACCUUCCAAGGCGAGGUCCAUACCGCGUCCGAACAAUUGUCGCAUUCAAUUUUAGUUUUCGAAACUGACCGAUUCUACGAUUGAUGUUUUUCUUUUAAAAAGGGGAACGGAUAUUUUAACGAGCAAUCGGAGAGAUACGUUCUUCUAUAUGCAAAACUCUCUUACCAAUUUACAUUGGUACGUAAGCUUGUUCUACCGUCUUAAGUUUCUUUUCUGCGUUUUUGAUAAAUGGAAAAAGGAAUUAUUGAUUCGAGUGAACGGGAAAAAACGAUUUGUGAGCUACACGAGGGACGAAAAUGACGAAAGAGAAAAUGAAAAGCAAGACUGGCCUGGGAGCAUCCCUGUUUUCUUGCUUCAGCAGUUCGGAUUACAUCCAGAGUCUUAAUGUACGUAUGUUCCAGACAUACGUAGACACAGCCAUAAUAUUGAACGAAGCGUUAGUUCCCUUCUCGCUACGUUAAAAAACGGGGAAACAACCGAUCGCGGGAGAAACCACGAUAUAUCGUUGAGCGUAGCGAUAGUGCAUGACCUAGUCAUUACCAAAGUAAUUUCUGUUGUGAAAACGGAAUUGAUUUUCUCUCGUUUCAUAUACACAUCGUGCCUACGUCUAGAAAUACUGCGGUCUUCUCAAAUAUACAUAUAUGUAUAUUACAUACUUGUAUCUCGCGCAGGAAAUUAGUGCCUUGUUAAAGACUGUAUGAAAAAACAAUCGGUCUAACUAUUUUGUAAGUACUAUAGGAAUUAAGGGAACGUGCAGAAAUUUUCAAAGCUCUUCCAGCAAAACGUCGAUUCUCGUGGUUCUCGAACAGUUACAGCUAUUUUUUCCAAUUUCUACAGCAUUUAACAUUUUCACACGUGCCUUACUAAAGCAUUUUUUCCUCUUCCCCUUUUUUCGUCAUACGUGUCUUCGAGAUCGUUUCCGGUAGGAAACGUCCACGAAGAUACCACGAUUAUACUACCCAGUCGGGUUUCGCUUUUCGAGGGAAAAGCGAAACUAUGUAAAGCUAAAUUGAAAAGUCAAUUGUCUGAAUGCACAGUAAGGGGGAUUCGAUUGUUAUGUGUACGUCAGGCUACAUUUAAUUACUACUAAAGAAAAGUAGGAAUUAAUUUCUACUACAGUCAAGGAUGCGUCGUAGGAUUUUUAGCACCGCUUCGAUCAUCGGGAUUAGUAUAGAUACCUAUAAGACUGAAAAAACUGAAUACCGGCGAAACAAAUUCUAUUUUUUUCUUUGCUAUUUGCAAGGCCGAAACGUACGAGAUGUACAUAGUAUACUCAUUCAAACACGACUUCCUCGAGGACUAUAGGGAUAUUCGUGGUCAAUAUAGCGGAAAUUUCAUUAGCAUUGUCUUUAAUCUCCCAUCAACGAAUGGUACGUAGUCUUUUGAAAGGAAGAAUGGGAACGAAAAGAAAAACAAGGAUUUUUUUCCUACGCGCGUAACAUCGUCGUUUCCGCGGGGAGUUCAGAAAUUUGCCGACGAAUCCCCUUUUUAUUUUUCUUGUCUCGUGCGAAACAAGAAAAAAGGAAGAGAGAAAGAACAAAAGAAAGAAAGAAAGAAAAAUGCAUAGAAUGCCAAAGCAAAAUAGAACGCCGCACACUACGAUUUACGAUGACAAACAUAUUUUAAUAUAAUUUAGCGUAUUUAUUUGUUUUCGUUUUUGUGUUAAUUAUCUAUUUUACGUGUAGGGUGAAUUUUCUAUCAGAUCUACUCUUUUUUUUUCCUUUUUCGUGGACGUUGUAGAAGAGAGCGCGCUUUGAUCAGCUUCCGUUUGAAGUAUGCGGUCCUGCGUAACAAAUUUUAAAAAGAAACUGCAGAGCGACAGCGACCGAUAAAAGACUCAUCCUCUGUGUACGCGUAGGGUGUUCGUUAAGAUUUACGAAGUGAGAGAUCUGUGACAUAUUUCGCUCGUUUAUAAUAAGAGUUAGAAGGACAAUGAUUCGAUGAUCAUCAAGCUUGAGAUUUCAGCGGUAGUAGAUUCCAAAAACAAACUAUUAAAUCACAGCGGCCUUCGAAAACAACGUUUUGUGUGUGUAUUUAAAUAAAAGAUGCAGUUUUCUAAUAUCUAAGUCCCCAAGAACAUUCUCCGCUACGAAGAUCUCAAGCUUGUAUCAAAACGGAAGGUAAACGCAUAGAACAUUUUUUGUAGAAAUUCGAAAUAAAAAUUUGACUUAUAACAAA